GGCAUUUAAACCCGCACUGCCCACUGUGCGAACAGGUAGAAGGUGGACGCCACAGAGAGAGCUCGUAACCGGCUGCGGAGGUUCCUGCAACCCCAUUGCUGUCAGCUUCGAGCCUCGCCCCUCCCUGCUGCACUUCCUCUCUGUCUCUGCUGCUGAGAGCCCCGCUAGGCUCCGUGAUCCUGGCCCCCAGUCCGCCGCCGCUACGUCUUGGCUUCAGCCUGCAGGGCAAGACAGAGGCUCCCCAGCUCUCACUAGGUCCCAGCCCCAGACACGUGAUGGAGGCCGAGGUGCAGCUUCCGAUGAGGGUCCCGGACAGAGCUACCCGACCGGGGCAUGAGGGAGAGGGGAGCCUUGACAUCUCCAUCUCCACAGACAUCCCAGCUGUAAGGGGCAUCCUCCUCUCUCAGGAUGACGUCACCCUCCAGCCCCCCAGCUUUUAGGCUGGAGACAUCAGAUGGAGACCAAGAAGGCAGUGCUGAGGUGAACAAAGGAAAGCAUGAGCCGCCCCCCAUGGAGUCACCGUUCCAGGGCGAGGACCGGAAUUUCUCCCCUCAGAUCAAAGUGAAUCUCAACUACCGGAAGGGACUAGGUCCCAGCCAGCAGGACCCAAACCGAUUUGACCGUGACCGACUCUUCAGUGUGGUCUCCCGGGGCGUCCCGGAGGAGCUGGCUGGAUUGCCGGAAUACCUAAGCCGGACCAGCAAGUACCUCACUGACUCAUCAUACACAGAGGGCUCCACUGGAAAGACGUGCCUGAUGAAGGCUGUGCUGAACCUUCAGGACGGGGUCAACGCCUGCAUCCUGCCGCUGCUGCAGAUUGACAGGGAAUCCGGCAACCCUCAGCCCCUGGUCAACGCCCAGUGCUCGGAUGAGUUCUACCGCGGCCACAGCGCGCUGCAUAUCGCCAUAGAAAAGCGGAGCCUCAAGUGCGUGAAGCUGCUGGUAGAGAAUGGAGCAAACGUUCACGCCCGCGCCUGUGGCCGCUUCUUCCAGAAGCACCAAGGAACUUGUUUCUAUUUUGGCGAGCUCCCCCUCUCCCUGGCUGCGUGUACCAAGCAGUGGGAUGUGGUGAGCUACCUCCUGGAGAACCCACACCAGCCUGCCAGCCUGAAGGCCACGGACUCCCUGGGCAACACCGUGCUCCACGCUCUGGUAAUGAUUGCGGACAACUCUCCUGAGAACAGCGCGCUGGUAAUCCACAUGUAUGACGGGCUUCUCCAGGUGGGCGCCCGUCUCUGCCCUGAUGUGCAGCUGGAGGAGAUCUGCAACCAUCAAGGCCUCACACCCCUGAAGCUAGCCGCCAAGGAAGGCAAAAUUGAGAUUUUCAGGCACAUUCUGCAGCGGGAAUUCUCAGGGCUGUACCAGCCCCUUUCGAGAAAGUUCACCGAGUGGUGCUACGGUCCUGUCCGGGUAUCACUCUAUGACCUGUCCUCCGUGGAUAGCUGGGAGAAGAACUCAGUGCUGGAAAUCAUCGCCUUUCAUUGCAGGAGUCCGCACCGGCACCACAUGGUGGUCUUAGAGCCACUGAACAAGCUUCUGCAGGAGAAGUGGGAUCGGCUCAUCCCGAGAUUCUUCUUCAACUUCGCCUGUUACUUGUUCUACAUGAUCAUCUUCACCAUUGUUGCCUACCACCAGCCUUCCCUGGACAAGCCAGCCAUUCCCUCAUCAAAAGCGACCUUUGGGGAAUCCAUGCUGCUGCUGGGCCACAUCCUGAUUCUGCUUGGGGGCAUUUACCUCUUACUGAGCCAGCUGUGGUACUUUUGGCGCCGUCGCCUGUUCAUCUGGAUCUCAUUCAUGGACAGCUACUUUGAAAUCCUCUUCCUUGUCCAGGCUCUGCUCACGGUGCUGUCCCAGGUGAUGCGGUUUGUAGAGAGCGAAUGGUACCUCCCCCUGCUAGUGUCAUCCCUGGUGCUGGGCUGGCUGGACCUGCUUUACUACACGCGUGGCUUCCAGCACACGGGCAUCUACAGCGUCAUGAUCCAGAAGGUCAUUCUACGAGACCUUCUCCGCUUCCUGCUGGUCUACUUAGUCUUCCUUUUCGGCUUUGCUGUAGCCCUAGUGAGCUUGAGCAGGGAAGCCCAAAGCCCCAGAGCCCCGGAAGACAGCAAUGCCACCAUGACAGAACAGCCCAUGCUGGGCCAGGAGAAGGAGGAGGUCCCAUAUGGGGGCAUUCUGGACGCCUCCCUGGAACUCUUCAAGUUCACCAUUGGUAUGGGUGAGCUGGCCUUCCAGGAACAGCUGCGCUUCCGAGGGGUGGUGCUGCUGUUAUUGUUGGCCUACGUCCUCCUCACCUAUGUCCUGCUGCUCAACAUGCUCAUUGCCCUCAUGAGCGAGACCGUCAACAGCGUCGCCACAGACAGCUGGAGCAUCUGGAAGCUGCAGAAAGCCAUCUCUGUCUUGGAGAUGGAGAAUGGUUACUGGUGGUGCAGGAGAAAGAGGCAUCGCGCAGGGAGGCUGCUGAAAGUUGGCACCAGGUGGGACGGUGUCCCUGAUGAGCGCUGGUGCUUCAGGGUGGAGGAAGUGAACUGGUCUGCAUGGGAGAAAACGCUUCCCACCUUGUCUGAGGAUCCGUCAGGGGCUGGCAUCGCUGGAAAUCAAAAGAACCCAACUUCUAAACCUGGGAAGGACUGUGCCUCAGAGGAAGACCAUGUGCCCCUCCAGGUCCUCCAGUCCCCCUGAUGGCCGAGACAGCAGGCUGGUGGGGGAUGGCAGGGAAUCGUUCCAGCCAUGCCCGAAGCUACUGAAUUUUGGUGGAAAUAUAUUUUUUUGCAUAA